CACAAAACUGGCUGGCCGGUACAUUUCUGCAUAACGGCAAGGGAAAGGGGAAAAAGGGAAAAAGGAGUCCAGGAGUCCACAAUGGAGGCAGCAUCGGCGCGUUAUGCUGCCCGCGACCGAUUCGCAUAUCCCACCGAACCCGCCCACACGCCCCUCCAACGAUAUAUCCAGCAAGCCUGUUCACCCGAGAAUUUCGAGCCGAAUCUGGCUCUCUCGCUGGAGAUUGCCGACUUGAUCAACGCGAAGAAGGGGGGAGCCCCCCGCGAGGCGGCCGUCGAUAUCGUCAAGUACAUCAACCACCGCAAUGCCAACGUCUCGUUACUGGCCCUGUCAUUGCUCGACAUUUGCGUCAAGAACUGCGGCUAUCCCUUUCACCUGCAAAUCUCCACCAAAGACUUCUUGAACGAGCUCGUGCGCCGCUUUCCCGAACGACCACCCAUCCGAACCACACGCGUCCAGAACCGCAUCCUCGAGCUGAUUGAGGAAUGGCGGCGCACAAUCUGCGAGACCAGCAAGUACAAGGAGGACCUGGGCUUCAUCCGGGACAUGCACCGCUUGCUGCAUUACAAAGGAUAUCAGUUUCCCCAGAUCAGCCGCGAAGAUGCGGCGGUGCUGAACCCCAGCGACAACCUGAAGAGCGUCGAGGAGAUGGAGGCGGAAGAACAGGCGGCACAGAGUGCGAAACUGCAGGAACUGAUCCGCAGAGGGACGCCGCACGAUCUGCAAGAAGCCAACAAGCUGAUGAAGGUCAUGGCGGGCUACGAUACGCGGCACAAGACGGACUAUCGCGCAAAAGCGGCCGAGGAAGUGGGGAGGAUUCAGCAGAAAGCGAAGCUGUUGGAAGAGAUGAUGCAGGGUGUGCAACCGGGUGAGAAGGUCCAGGAAGGAGACGUCUUCGAGGAGCUGGCCAACGCCUUGGCGAGUGCACAUCCCAAGAUUCAGAAAAUGUGCGAACAGGAGAGUGAAGACCAUGAGGCGGUGGCGAAGCUGUUUGAAAUCAACGACUCGAUACACCGAACCAUCGAGCGCUAUAAAUUGAUCAAGAAGGGGGAUGUGGAGGGGGCGAAUGCGAUUCCCAAGGGCACGCUGGGUGUCAGUGGAGCAGGUGUGAAGCAGGGAGGCGGCGGUGAGCUGUCUCUGAUUGAUUUUGGAGGCAUGGAAGACGCAGCUCCAGCAGAGCCCACGCAGUCUCAGUCCUCGACAGCAGCGCCGAAGCAGACGGGAAAUGCAUUAGAGGACGAUCUGCUGGGCCUCAACAUGGGCGACGGCAACUAUGGAUCUGGAGGUGGCAUCUCACUUGGGGGGAGUGGCUCCAACGGCAGCGUCGACAUCAUGGCACAGUUCAACCAACCACAGGCAUCCGGCUCCAUCUUCAACACCACACAAAAAGCGAUACCUGCACAAGCUCCCGCAUCGAACUUCAGUCUCUUCAGCCCACAGCAGCCUUCUUCAAAGUCUGCAACACCUAUACCCGCAUCGUUGCAGCAACAUCAAGCGAAGAAAUCCGACCCAUUCGCAUCUCUCGCCACACCACCUCGACAAGCAUCACCUUUCCAGCAUGCAUCACAUUCCAAAGCUUCAUCUCAAAACCUCGAUCUCCUUGGCAUGGGCAGCACCAGUAACGGCAGUUCCUCGAGUCCCGCCCCUUCCACGUCAACCACAUCAACAAUAACACCAGCACCGGCCGCCGUCGACGACGAAUGGGAAUUUAGCUCCGCACUUCCGGAUCAACCCACAGAAAUCACCGUCACCAAAAGCACCAUCCACACCAUUUUCAAAGUCUCGCGAUCUAAUGAUUCCGAACUCCUCAUUCAAAGCCGCAUCUCCAACGCCACUGCACAACCCAUUACCGAUUUGACUUUUCAACUGGCUGUGACAAAGGGUCUAUCACUCAAACUUGAACCCCAAUCUGGCCGCAGUCUGGCUCCUCAUCAGCAAAAUGGUAUCACGCAGACGAUACGAUUGAUUGGGGCGGAACGAGGCAAAGGGACGGGGAUUAAAAUGCGGUGGAGAGCGAGUUAUUCCAUUGCCGGCGCGUCGGGGAAGCAGUCUAAUAAUGAACAGGGAGAGAUUGAUGGAUUGGGUGUGGCGUAGUUGAUCGCAUUAUCAAUAGCAAUAUCAUUAUCAUAUUGUCAU